AGGGAUCAGGAUGGCAUGCGGAGCGGAGGCGGGAUGGAAAGUUCAGUCCCAGGAAGGGUACCCGGGGCUGGGGUGAGGGAGCGCCCAGGCCCGGAACCCAGGCUCACCUGACCGGUACCGCGCAGCCUCCAACUGACGCUCCAUACACGCGGGCGCAUUGGGGGGAAGGUUCCACUCCCGGGCCGCCGGGGGCACUAGGGAGGGAGGGGUCUCCUUCCGCAUCUCCACGGUUCCAACUCCAACUUCGACCUAAACUGGACGCCCGCCGGAGAUUCAGCUCCACCAGCCCCCACGUGGUCCACCUCUGGGCCUCCGCCCCUCUGGACCGGCUACCGCCUCUCUACAUCUCGCGAGAACUGCUUCAACGAUUCCAUUCCACUUAUCAGUGGCCACCCACCUGUAAAGGGCUCUCUGGGCGCUGUACCUCUUAUCGCGAGAAAAAAAUUCAAACGGAAGUUGAUGUAGGAGAGCAGGACUUCUCUUCUCGCGAUACUUGCGAGCCUCCAUCUUGCUUCUGCCCCCGACAGGUUCUCCUGUCCGGGUCACUGGGACGCCAAGACCGUUCUGUGGACGCCAGUUGACAAUGCUGUCCCGGGUGGUACUUUCUGCCGCCGCCGCAGCAGCCCCCUCCCUGAAGAACGCAGCCCUCCUCGGUCCGGGGGUACUGCAGGCAACAAGGAUCUUUCACACAGGGCAGCCAAGCCUUGCCCCUGUACCACCUCUUCCUGAACAUGGAGGAAAAGUUCGUUUGGGGCUGAUCCCUGAGGAAUUCUUCCAGUUCCUUUAUCCUAAAACUGGAGUGACAGGACCCUAUGUGCUUGGAACUGGGCUUAUCUUAUAUUUACUUUCCAAAGAGAUAUAUGUGAUAACUGCAGAGACCUUCUCCGCCAUAUCAACAAUAGGUGUACUUGUCUAUAUAGUUAAAAAAUAUGGUGCCUCUAUUGGGGCAUUUGCUGAUAAACUCAAUGAGCAAAAAAUUGCCCAACUGGAAGAAGUGAAACAGGCUUCCAUCAAACAAAUCCAGGAUGCAAUUGAUCUGGAGAAAUCACAGCAGGCACUGGUUCAAAAGCGCCAUUACCUUUUUGAUGUCCAGAGGAAUAACAUUGCUAUGGCCUUGGAGGUUACUUACCGGGAACGGCUGCAUAGAGUGUACAAGGAGAUAAAGAAUCGCCUGGACUAUCACAUCUCUGUACAGAAUAUGAUGCGUCAGAAGGAACAAGAGCACAUGAUAAGAUGGGUGGAGAAGCACGUGGUGCAGAGCAUCUCUGCACAGCAGGAGAAGGAGACAAUUGCCAAGUGCAUUGCAGAUCUAAAGCUGCUCGCAAAGAAGGCUCAAGCACAGCCAGUUCUGUAAUUGCAUCCAGCCCAGUUGAGAUAGCUAGAAACAUUUGACUGACUAAAUGGAAACUAGUCUGUGAGACAAAAUCUUUCUGUAUUGCUAUCUACUGAAGUUAAGUUUAUCUUUCUAAAAGAAAAAAAAUGAAGUUUUUGUUUCAUAUAAUGAGAGAAUUAAAACAGUCUAUUGGCCAGUAAGAUGUUUUUCUCAUCCUUCUUGCUCUGCAUUUUGAAUUGUUCCAUGAACACUUUUGAAUAAGCAGUUUGCAUUUAAUACAAUCUGGUACCUGGCUAAAGAGUUAUCAGGAUAUAGUUUAAAUUUGUAAUUAAUUCAACCAUCUAACAAUAAAGUGACAGUUAAAACAAG